AUGUUUGCGAAACCACGCCCCAAAAAGGACGGACUGGGCGCUCCUCCUCCCAAGCGGAGGCGAAGGACCGAUUAUGCCAUUGAGGAGAUCAACUUUGACGAUACCGCUCGAGCAGACUACCUGACGGGUUUCCACAAGCGAAAAGUGCAACGGCAAAAAGACGCGCAAGAAAUAGCAGCGCAAAAAGCCCGCGAAGAGAAGAUCGAGUUCCGGAAACAUUUGAGGGAACAACGGCAGCAAGCUGUCGAGGACCAUGUGCAGCAAGUGAACGAUGCACUUCGAACUGCUCGUCUGGCAGGAGGCGAAGUAGACGAGGACGACGAGGAGUACGACGAGGAGUGGAGUGGCAUUGCAGACGAAGACAACCAGCCAGAGUUUGUUAACCAUGAAGAGGAAUACAUCGACGAAGACCGAUUUACGACCGUGACCGUGGAGGCUGUAAAUGUCGACCGGGAUGGGAUGCACCGGCUGGACGGCCGUGCAGACGAGGAUGACAAUAGCGACCGCAGUAAUGACGGUGAGGAAGACGGCGACGGUGACGCUACGGGCGACAAGGGCGGCAAGGUGAAGGACGGCGAAAAGGAGAGCGGAAAAGACAAGAAGAAGAAGGUGUGGCCGAAGAAGUCAAAGAAGGUCAAGUUUCGAUACGAGAACAAGAUCGAAAGGCAGAUGUCGAAAUCGAAGCAAAAGCGGAAGAGGUAG